GUAUGAAGAGCAGUAUGGAGAAUAUGCAUACUGAUUUUAGGUUGUAAAGGGUUAAGUUUCACUCACAGGAGUGACCAAAGCUAAAUGAUUCUCUUUUUUUUAAGGUCAAAAAUCAUGAUGGUACAGCUCUUCAAUUCCAUGUAAGAUGUGCAACUGAGUUCAAAGCAUGCUAUGUUAUGCGGAGGGGUCCUUUUAUGACAGGACUGGUAUUGUGUCAUCCAGAUACAAUCAGGGUUAUUCAGACUAGUAAUGCUCCAAAAGCACACACAUACGAGUUUAUUAAGCCAUUGUUUGGGGAUGGACUGAUUGCUGCAAAUGGCAACAAGUGGUUUAGAAUGAGACGACUCCUCACUCCAGCUUUUCACUUUGAUAUACUCCGAUCAUAUGUUCAAAUUUUUCAGGAUUCUACAAACAUUCUUUUGGAAAAGUGGAUGUCACAGGAGAGUGAUGAAGUUGAAUUAUUUUGCCACUUAAGCCUCAUGACACUGGAUUCCAUUCUGAAAUGUGCCCUUAGUUAUGAAACUGACUGUCAGACUCAAGAAAAAGCUAAUCCCUAUAUCAGAGCAGUAUAUGAUGCAUCUGACGAGGUUCUCAACAGGUUGAUGAAUCCUUUAUUACAUUCAGACAUAAUUUAUAAAAUGACAGCUGGUGCAAAACGUUACUCUGAAGUAUGCACGGUUACCCAGGCCAAGGCAAAGGAGGUCAUUAGAGAAAGAAGAGCUGCUCUUCAAGAUAGUGUUGAGCAAGAGAAAUUGAAGGAAAAGCGAUACUUGGACUUUCUGGAUAUCCUUUUGGCAGCAAGGGACGAAAAGGGAAACGCUUUGACUGAGGAAGAAAUAACUUCAGAAGUUAUGACUUUCAUGUUUGCGGGACACGAUACCACUGCGAGUGCUAUGUCGUGGACAUUAUACAAUUUAGCAAGAUUCCCUGAACACCAAGAAAAAUGUCGAGAAGAGAUAGAUGCAGUGCUUGGCAGUAAAGAGGAGUUUGAAUGGAGCGAUCUCAAUAAAUUAAAUUACGUUCACUUGUGUAUCAAAGAAAGCAACAGAAUCUACCCUCCAGUGCCGAGGAUAAGUCGCUUGUUGGACAAACCGUAUGAGAUUGAAGGAAAACUACUUCCUGAGGGAACAUGGGUUACUACUCACAUAUUUGCCUUGCAUCGUAAUCCGCACGUAUGGUCAGAUCCCGAGAAAUUUGACCCUCUUCGUUUCACAACUGAAAACAUAGAAAAGAUGUCACCUUAUUCGCACGUUCCUUUCUCUGCUGGGCCGAGGAACUGCAUUGGACAAAGUUUUGCCCUGGCUGAGCUGAAAACUACAGUAGCAAUGAUCCUACGAAAGUUUGAACUUAGUGUUACCCCGCAGAACAUCAUACAAGACUACAAAGAUCUUCAGCCUCACUUGAUUCUGCGAGCAAAAAAUGGCAUCGUUGUGAACAUUUCACCAAGGAGUAACUCAUGAUAAAGAGAAAAUGUCGACCAGA